AGCUUCCUUCUUCUGAAUCUCUUACAAUACACAAAGAUGAAGAUCUAUUUGGGACAUUGAAGAAGGCGAAAUCAAUUGCUUAUAUGUCCUUGAGUCCGGUUCAGUCGGAGAGCGUCCAAUUACUUGGUGUGCUUCAUGGAACCAUCUCAGCAACACAUCUGGAUCAUCUUUUACACCGAUCUGGUGCGUCGACAGCUUCGGGAGUCAGGCCGUCCCGUCGCGUCUACCUCUCGGGGGAAUCGAAUCCUCAGUUGUCUUCUGCUAACAUUAGACAAUCAUUUCUGCGGGACAAAUCCAUGAGACGUUCACUCCCGCGAGUACUAAUUCACAGACACCAGAGCAAAAUAAUCAAAAAUGGGGGGAACACUGCAAGGACUUGUGCGAGUCUUUUGGCCAAAGCGAGAUCGGAGGGACUCGAUUUGGAUAGAUUGAACCAGCAGAAUCAGAGCGGCGCGUCUCAAUCCAGCGAAUGCGACACUGAUGUGAAGCUCAACCCUGCUCCGGACACAAAUGGCCUACCGGGGUCCUUGCAACAGCCCAUUACACCGCCCGCGGGACAGGCAAGCUUGUUUACUUUAAACAAUCAUUUGACCUUAUCCGGUUGCAACGUCCCGUCUACAGAGGCUGUUUCGACUACGGCCCAAUGCCAAGUAGAAUCAGGUACAAGCCUGGAACAGACUGCACUAAGUAAACGAUACCUCUUGAUGAAUCAAUCAGGUCAGGUGAUCUCCUGCACUACUUUGUUCGACGGUGACGAGGCGGACGAUGAUGCAAAUGGAGUUGGCUGCCGUCGUUUGCAGAAAUGUACCGGAUGGAAUUUUGUUCCACUAUUUGUGGGACAUGAACGUUCCGACAGAUACGCUUUAAGCGAUGAGGACCGGGUAGCCGAUCAGAAAGAUCCAGAAACAUCGGUUCAUGCUGUUCGUUCGUUACAUCCAGGACCCGAUGAAAACGAAGAUAAUCAGUCUGAUCUGCCGGGCGUUAAGCAGACAGCUGACGUCAAAUUGCUCAAUCGACUUCGACGCUUCUUGUCCCGUCGUAUACAGACUCGGAGAGCAUCUGGCAGUCAGAAGAAGAGAAAAACCGGGUGCCUUGUCGCUGCAGACACCCAUCCAAAUAUAUCGACUUGCUCGAAUCACGAUCGACAACAACGUCGCCAAAAGCGCCGGCGGAGGAAACGAAUCGGAGCCACAAAAGUCAUCACAGACCACUCUACGUCAGACUGUCAGUCUUUAUCGGAGGAACCCUGCAGAUCGUCUGAGACCACGCGGUUUCAUACGGGAGACACACUCGAUGACACGCGGAGUUCAGGCAAUUUACAAAUAGACCGGAAACAUACCAUCGUGAGCAAUGCCUCAGUGUUCUCGUUGCCCGCAAUACCUCCUGAAAUGUGGACGGUUGAACGACCCGUGUGGAUUAUGGGCGUCCCGAUGAGUAGUGAUCAACGCUGGGUUGCAGUGGACGCGUGUGAUUUGAUUGUCCUGAGCAAGGAUGGUGACAGAGCGGGCUCAGUCGAUUCAAUGAAGCCGGUCACAGGCUCGCGCUCAUCUAUGUUCGCGUUUCAUGUGAAACCACCAUCCAGACUGAAACCAGCGACACGUGCCGCUGCAUGCACGCAACACGUUCGAGCUCGAUCUCUAGGGCGAAUUCGCCUAUCGGAAAAAUACCUCGCUCAGCAUUGAUGUGCCGAUUGUUUGCAUUUCAACUACUUUAGUAACCUUUUAACUUAUUAUCAAUCAGAUGAGUUCGUUUUUUGGAGAAGAUAUGUCG